AGCAACUGAAAAUGUUGGAAACUGAAGUUUGGCCGCUUGGAGAGCUGCUGUCCUUCUGCGCGCGACCACCUGUACUCCAGUCAGAGGGGCACGCGUGACGUCAGCGUCCCACUGGGAAGGAAAAAAGGACAAAUUGACUGAGGCAGCUGUGUGUCAAGUUCUCUCUGAUGACACACAAAAACCCAGUGGCUAACCAAGUUCCUUUUGUGCAAAAAAUAAAGACUAAAAAGGAAGAAAGACUGUUAGACGUUUGGGACUGAAACCAGCAAACACAGAAACACUCAGAGGCAGUAAGAACUGGGAAGGAAGGAAGAACGAGAGACAAGAAAACAAACAUCUGUAGCAAAGAUCAUGGGAGACAUUCAUGGACAACAUAGCUACUACUUUUUUGUUGCCUUUUGUGUUCAGGGUAUUCUGGCUGGUGAUUGGUCUGUGGACAUCCCAUCUGGUCCCAUUUGUGCUGUGGUUGGUUCUUCAGUUGUCCUCCCUUGUUCCUAUGACUACCCCCAGACCGCAAAAGAAACUAAAGGAGGGCUCUCAGCUCAGGUUACAGGAAGUGAAGAGUUGCCAGACUACAAAGUGUUGAAUGAAAUGUGGUGCCUAGAAGAAAGUCGUUGUAUUACACAAAGAUAUGUGUUCCACAGUGCGGGAAUAUUUCCAGACCCCUCAUAUCAGAGCAGAGUGAAGUACCUUGGACAGUCAGGAACCAAGAACUGUUCUCUAAGAAUCAAUGAUCUGAAACAGACCGACACUGGAACCUACGUAUUCUACCUCAUCACCAACCAUCCAACGGAGAAAAUGCCUGCUCAGACAGGAAUUCAGCUGCUGGUGACAGAGUCCCCCAAUGAUGUGGCAGCUUUAGCAGGUCCAUCAAGCUUCAUCACUGAAGGUGCAGCUUUACGUCUGGCCUGCUGCAGCCCCGCCUCAACUUCUCAGAGUAUUUUCAGGUGGUUUAGGAGCACAAAUCCCAGUCAAGUACAUGAUGGACAGGUGUGGAGGUUCAGUAAAGUUAAAUCUGACCAGUCUGGCAGCUACUACUGUCAGUUACAGACUGGAGAAAGAAAGCAGAAUUCAACAACGGUGGCUAUAGAUGUAGAAUAUCCUCCUCGAAACAUGACUCUUUCAGUCUGGCACCCUGACUCGGACGAUGAUCUACGGGUAACUCUGAGCUGCAGCAGUGAUGCUAACCCGCCUGUGCACUCCUACAUCUGGUACCAGGGUGAAUCCUGUUCCACUGCUGCAGACAAAAGCUUUUUUCAGGGUAGACAGACCUUGGCUUCAUCAACAGGAAGAGGCCCAACAUUCAGCAACAUCACCACUGAGAAUCGUGGGCAGCACUGCUGCGUGGCGCUCAACCAGCACGGCUCACAGGCUUUAACCAUUACACUCAGAGGAUCUACAGCAUCCGUUGGUCUGGUCGUUGGAGUUUCUGUUGGAAUCCUACUGGUUAUUUUAGCUACAGUGGCGUUUCUAAUUACAAGGAGGCAGAAGUCAACAAGACAUCGAUCUUAUGCUCUUACUGAAACAAUCACAACACAAUCCUAAGGACUCAGUAAGCGCAACAACCAGCUGCCAAUAAUUCAAUUCAACUCAAUUUUAUUUAUAUAGUCCAAUAUUUACAACAGUAGUUGUCUCAAUGAGUUUCAUACCGGUAAUUGUAUAAUAAACGGGAAAUCAUAGUGAACAUGAAGUCCUAGAAUAAAAUAGGUAAUGGCUAAACUAAACUAAACAGACUAUGCUAAACUGGGCAUCCCUGCCCUUAGACCCUCCUUCUCGGUAAGGAAAAACUCCUAAAAAAAAACC